AUGUAUUUCUUUCGACAGUUGAAUGAUGAACCAGUUGGUGUUGAAAUUGGGAGUGAUGCUACCGCAGAGGAAAUAAAGAUAGUUUUGAUGUCAAAACACAAUUUCCCUGUUGGAAAUUAUAAAUUUGUUUACAAUGGUCAGAUUCUUACAGAUCCAAAGCCUCUUGAGAAGAUUCAACCAGAGUCAACAAUAUUUGUAGUCAUAAAACAAAACGAAAAAGUUGAAAUUCCGAAACCAAAACAACCUAAAAAAUCAAAAAUCGUCAGUUUUCACUUAGAUAUACCUCCAAAUCCAGAAGAGACGUUUAAACUCAGUGCUGAGUUAGGAGGCCCAUCAAAUCCAACAUUUUCAUUCAGAGAAUUAACACUCGAAGAAGAUAAAACAAUUAAAAACGCGAUUGAACUUCUUAAACUUGAUAAUGUGUACAAUACAUCAUUUUGGGAUUACCCAGAAGCUACAUCCGAAUUUGUUCGUGUUUUGAGUUCAAAUAACAACUUAAUGCCAAUUGUUGAAGCAUACGCAUACGACCAUUUUGGCUGUGCACUUACACGUACACCUAUGCACUUUGCACCAUUUCUCAUUGCAGGCGUUCAGUGUAAUUUCCCAAUCGAAAUCGGAGAAACAUUCGAUGCAGCACUUAUAUCAUUAUCUACAAAGCAAAGAGAAGACUUCGAGAAAGUCAUGGCUCUUAAAUUAGACAAAGAUAAGUCUAUGAAAACUUUCUUGUCAAACAAAUGCGAUUUAGAAGCAACUCUUAAGGAACUUCAUGGUAAUUAA